CUCGGAAGUCUAUAAGAGAGACGCGCUUCUCCCCUCCCAGCCUGGACUACAUCGCUACUGGCCGGCCAGGCGCCUCUCUGCCCCGGGUGCUCACCCCAGAAGACCAAGAUUGUGCGCGAAGUCUUGCCGCUAUUGAUUCGUGUCGGGAGUUAUUCUAGGCUCAACUGAAGAAAGGUUCAUCUCCACCAAUGGACUAUAGAAAUGUAUCGGAGAACUGCAAGGAGCUCACUGCGCCCUGCUCUAACUCCAGCUCUCUGCCAGCCAGUGUGCCUGGCACAGAUUCUUCAGCUGGUCAACGAACUGCAAUAGCCUUGGGGAGGCCAGCAGCUGCAAACGCCGCCCGAGAGCGCAGCCGAGUGCAGACUCUGCGCCAUGCUUUUCUGGAGCUGCAGAGAACCCUGCCCUCUGUGCCACCGGACACCAAGCUCUCCAAGUUGGACGUGCUGCUCCUGGCCACUACCUACAUUGCUCACCUUACCCGCAGCUUGCAGGAUGAAGAAGAGUUGCCCGGAGAGGGCUUGGGCACGCUGAGAGGGGAUGGCUAUCUGCACCCAGUUAAGAAAUGGCCAAUGCGAUCAAGGCUAUACAUUGGAGCUACAGGGCAGUUUUUGAGUCACUCAGCGCAAACAGAAAACACAAAUCAAGGAGAAACUUCAAAAAAUUCACAAAUGUAAUGCUAUGUUUUUAUAGUGAAUGCUGUGUAUUUAUUAUGCUGGAUAUAUUUAAAUUAAAACACUUCUUCCAGCAAUUAUGACCCUCCUCCCAAUUGUAUCUGAUACCAUUUGAAGUAGGUGGACAAGCUGAAUUUGAAGGUAGUCACACAUUCCUUUAGGUUGCUUUCUUUAUGUCCAGAAGCAGUCUAUUUGGGUGAGCAGUGCAUUAUGGUCCUCCUGCUGCAAACAACUACCACAAUUUCUGAAAUAGCAAAAUGUACAUGCGUUGUACACAUGAUACCAGCUGAGAUUCAUGAACUCCUGGCGAAUGUAACAUUAUUUGAGUCAACAAGCAAUCCAUCCCAUUUGUGAAGGAAAUGGCUGAAUGUAACGUGUGAGCUGACCCAAUAGACAACUUGCAAGCAUUAAAGCAACAAGGUUCGUGAUUAACAUAAGAAUUAUGGACUAUCACAAUGAAGGGAUUCAUUCUGAACAUAUCCCUCAAGAAACACAGGUGUGCAUUCUUCUGGCUGUUCACAUGCAUCCAAGCUUUUAAGAACUUAAACAGAGCUUUGCUGGAUCAGCGAUCCAUCUAUUCCAAUGUCCUGUUUCCAAAAAUGACGGCACAGAUUGUCUCACGAAGUGCACAAGCAUGACAUCAAAGCAACAGCCCUCCGCCAUUGUUUGUGACCACAUCUGGUAUUCAUAGGGUUCUUGAGCAUGGAGGAUCUAUUUUGCAGUUGUGGCUAAUGGCCACUAAUAGAUCAGCAUGAGCCUGUGUGUGUGUGUGUGUGUGUGUGUGUGUUUAUAUAAAACAUCUAUAGAGUUUACAGUGUAGUCUGGCUGAUCUUGUAAAGAAGGAGCUUAAAAAGCAGAUCUGUGUUUAUAUGAACUUUGGAUAUGAAUUUCUGUGUUGCAUCUUAAGUGUGUAGAAUUAAGAUGCUUCUGCAAUAAAAUAUAAUUUCAAUAAGCUGCAAAUAUUAAUUAACCAUAAAAUGCAAACUUUUUACACUAUGAAGUUUCUAUACUGCAUAUUGAAAAUUUAGUAUUUUUUUGUUUCAUUACACUUUGACCUCACUCUUUACAAUUAUUUUCACUGUAUAAUACCUGCCAUAUUAGGAUAAUACCUGCCAUAUUAGGAUAAUACCAAAUGUGGUUGAUGAAGUGGGAUCUUUUCCACAAAAACGUAUGCUAUAAUAUAUCUAUUUAAAGUGCCACAAGACUCUUUGUUGCUUUUCCGCAGAGGUCCAAAUUACCUUUGGAAGCAUCUACUGUUCAAGAGCCUUUUCUCAGAUGAAUUUAUUUGCCUCUUUUCAUUGAUAAAAUGAAUGUGUGUUAAUAGUCAAGUGAGAACAUUACAGUAAACAAAAACAAAACCACAAUGUAAGCAGCUUUGUGUAUGGAAUCUAGCAAUAUUAUGGGUGUUGUAAUAUAAUUUAUUAUUUGUGUUUAUCUCUGCUUUACGGUCUGAACUGCAUUAAUGUUUGAGGGAAAAGCUUACCGUACUUCUAAACUGCAACAUGUGUACAUGUUUUAUAGCUUAAUAUGUUCAUUCCAGAAAACAGAGCUUGCAUGCUCAGCUAGUUCAGCUAAAAUAUUUGCAGCAUGUAAGCAACAGUGGUUAGAAGAUAAGUGCAGUAGAGAUUCACCUAGUUAUCUUCUCUUAUUGUAUAUGUUAUACAUGAUUUUACAGAAUUUUAAUAUUUAUAUUAAAUACUUUAAAAACUGCUAUGAUUUGUUAGAAUCAAAGAAAUACAACUGUUCCACAAGAAGCCAAAAAUAAAAUAAAAUGCAUUUAAGAUGAAUAUUUGGGAAAUUUCUUUGCGGUACAGGAGUUAAGAGUGUUAUCAUGUCUUAUAAUAUUAGGAUUUUCUUUAAAAUAAUAAUAAUGACAACUGAUUAGCCUUUGACUCAGCCAUCGCUAUGGCUUAUUCCGGAACCAUUCCAGCUACCAUUCCCAUGCUUUAACUAUGAAAAAUGUGACUUGCAGACACACAGUCUCUGUAGAGGAAUAAUUCCUCCCCAUAUUUAACAGUACCUUUUCUAAGCACUAGUACUUUAUAAAACUGAACACUUCGUUAUUGACAUCAUUCAGUUAUUUCAAGAAAGACCAUUCAGCAAGACCUGUGCAUUUUUACUCAGAAUACCUGG